CCAUCACCACCACAACAUCCGGCUGUUACAACUUAACUAGGAGCAUCCGUGUAUAAAAGCCAUUCAAAGUUAACAGUGCAUCUAUAAAUAUGUAUGUAAGUAUCUAGCAGACGACAGGACGUCAGUUAUUCUACUAACUUAGAGUUAUUGAAAUCAAGCAAGAUAAAAGAUGUAUAACCUGCUCAUCCUUGUGGGCUGUCUCCUAUGUGUAACUGGAUCACCAUACCUCAGGACGGCCAUUUUAAUAGAGAAGAGAACAGACUUUGGUCAGAACUUGUUUCUCCGAGGUGGACUUGACUAUAGUCGAAGACAAGGAUGCGAUAACGCCACCUCUCUCGACACAAACCCUUGCGCUAUCCCCAUAGAACAUACCAUCUACUUGAACGACGUGUAUAAGGCCGCUAAUGCAUGGGCUGAAGGUGAUAAUUUUCUAGACUGGUUGGGUGCAGAGCCUGGUCAAGGAAAUUGGACGAAUAUUCCAGCCUCAGGAAGCCCAGCGAUUUGGACAACAAAUGACCCCAGACAAGAGACAUUUAAUAUAUUUAACACCUAUGGUGAUCACUACUGGCUGUUGCAUGUGGAAUUGGAUUGCGGUAAGACGCUUAAUGGUUUUUUUGAAGUGAAGGGAUUCUUGGACGGCCAAUGGGAGAAUGAUAUCAACCAAGACAAGACGUGCUCAGGAACCGAAGCUGUCCAGAAACCCUUCGAGUCCCGGAACCACAUCGCCAAGUGCGGGGCUAAAAAUGUAUUCCACUUUAACGACGGAGCUUGUGAGAUUAGUAAAUUUGAAUGAGACUUUUGUAAACAAUGAUUUACAGAUUUACAGACUAACAAUAUCGUUGUUAUCCUUAAGUUGCAUCUAUCACUUUUCAGAAGUAUUUCCCCGGGUUUGUACAAAUCUUCUUCUUUUUGAAUGAUACAUACCAUGCUUGCACUUGUAAUGUCGCCAUGUUACUAAAAACAUAUUGAAAGUAAAAAUUAAUUGCGUAUUUUAGUUCUUUCCACAUUUUCUUGGACAAAAAAUAAAGAAAAAGAAUCUUUU